GCUCCCUCCUCCCUCUUAGCUGCUGUCUUCUGUCCUCUGUCUUGGUGUUUGUUUUAUUGGAGCCUGGGGUGUUCUUUUGAUCAACUCAAUCUCUCUCUGGCACAUGAGUCCUGAUUGGCUAAAGGGUUUAGAGGGAAAAUCUUUAAUUAAGUAGAUAAUCUCUUCUUAGUAGGUUUGCAGCUCCAUUUCGCUACCCCCUUGGUUCUCACUUGGGAUCCCUUACUGGUCCUGACUAAAACUUUGCUUCUAGCAUCUCAGGGCUUCCCAGUGUUGGAUUAUGUUGUAUAUUGGCUCUCUGUUUAUCAUCUUCCUCCUGCUUCCAGUUCAUUUUGGAAAUACUUGGUAAGUACCAGUCAGUGAACAAUUUUCUGAUGACUGGCCCCAAGGCUUACCUUAUCUACUCAAGUAGUGUGGCAGCUGGGGCACAAAGUGGUAUUGAAGAGUGUAAAUACCAGUUUGCUUGGGAUCGGUGGAACUGUCCUGAGAGAACACUGCAACUUUCCAGUCACAGUGGACUACGUAGUGACUGGAACCCCCAUUCUACUGGAUCUUCUACCACAGGCACCAGCCACUAUGAAACUGGGUCUUCUCCAGUCUGGAGCAUUCACUUCAACAGAAUCCUUUUCUCUAGACUUGAAUCUCAACACAACCGGACACUCUUAUCUCGUCUCCAGAUUCCAUUUCCACCGAAUUAUCCACCAUCUGGAGGCUCUCUUUCAGCUGGAUUCAUUUCCCCAGCAAACAAAGAAACUGCCUUUGUGCAUGCUAUCAGUUCAGCUGGCGUAAUGUACACACUGACACGAAACUGCAGCCUUGGAGACUUUGAUAACUGUGGUUGUGAUGAUUCCAGAAAUGGACAGCUGGGAGGACAAGGAUGGUUAUGGGGUGGAUGCAGUGAUAAUGUAGGAUUUGGAGAAGCUAUUUCUAAGCAAUUUGUGGAUGCGCUAGAGACAGGACAAGAUGCUAGAGCAGCCAUGAAUCUCCACAAUAAUGAAGCAGGAAGGAAGGCAGUGAAAAUCACUAUGAAGAGGACAUGCAAGUGUCAUGGUGUCUCAGGAAGUUGCACUACCCAAACAUGCUGGCAUCAGUUGCCCGAAUUUAGAGAGGUGGGCUAUUAUUUAAAGGAAAAAUAUCACAAAGCUCUAAAGGUGGAUCUACUGCAGGGAGCUGGUAACAGUGCAGCCAGCAGAGGUGCCAUAGCUGAAACUUUCAGUUCUAUCUCCAAGAAAGAGCUUGUUCACCUGGAAGAUUCCCCAGAUUACUGCCUGGAGAACAAAACCCUGGGUCUUCUAGGGACAGAAGGCAGGGAAUGUCUUAAGAGAGGCAAGAUGCUCAACAAAUGGGAAAAGAGAAGCUGUAAGCGCUUAUGUGAAGGCUGUGGCCUGGAUGUGGAGGAGAAAAGAGCAGACAUGGUCUCCAGCUGUAACUGCAAGUUCCACUGGUGCUGCGCUGUCAAAUGUGAGCAGUGCAGAAAAAACGUGACCAAAUACUUCUGUGUCAAGAAGGAGAAGCGUGAAAGGAGUGGAGGUGGCAUUACACGCAAGAAAGAAACUAAACUAAGAUAGAAAUUUUAGACUAUGCCUAACUGGACUAUAACUGUACUGUUUCUUAAAAAAAAAAAAAACUGUAUAGCUGGAACUAAGAAUCGAUCUGGUCAACUGGGGUGCAAUAGGCUGAUAUGGUGUCCAGCUAGUUACUAACUGGACUAAUACAAUGUACAGUUAUACUGAAAGCCUGUAAUGUUUAUGAUCAGUAUUGCAUCCCACAAAUAGAAUGCUCAUGUUCUCAACACCUGGGAGAAUAUCCAACCUUCAUCUAUUUUACUGACACAGCUCUUAAAUCUCUCCUUUAUUAACUAAAAUGGGGAUAGUUGUUCGCCUAUCCAAAAAAUAAGAGUUCGAUCAGUAAAGUAGACCACCGUUGGAUUACAAUUCCUAGCAAGGGGUGUAACCAUCAGAGUGCAAAUAUAGCUGUCCCUUCUGGACACUAAUGCCUGAGUAGGCCCAAAGGUCCUUCUGCUACAUAAGCCACCAGUUUUAUAAAUUAUAGGCAGGGUUUCCGUUAUCAAUUUUGCAUCAGAGCCCAGGAGCUUCCAUUUUUUUUCCCCUCAAUGUUCUAUAGGGUUUUGAAUUAUUUUCCAGCCAUAUAAAUUCUAAUAGGAUGUGUUCUGAGGUUCAUUAAAGGGGUACUUAAACAUCUUAUCCCCUAUCCAAAGGAUAGGGGAUAAGAUCUGAUCGCGGGAGUCCUGCCGAUGGGGACCUACCUCCGCAAUCUCUUAUGCAGCAUAAAGUCACACAAGUGGGUGGAGUCAUAAAGUCACAAUACUCCGGCCCCGUGGUCGUGAGGCUUCAGACACAGAGCCUCCAAGGCUGUGUGCAGAUGAGACAGAUGGGUGCUGCAUGAGAUUGCGGGGUCCCCAGCGAUCAGAUAUCUUAUCCCCUAUUCUUUGGAUAGGGGAUAAGAGGUCUUAGGGCCGGAAUACCCCUUUAACCUUUAUAACUGCUAUGUGUCCUAAUAACAGAUGCCUAUUGUAUCAAAACUGUCUAAAAGAAGAACUAGCCUUGUUGCCCACAGCACCUAUUUGAUGAGCUCUGACUGGUUGCUUGGGCAAUAAGAUGAGUGCCAGUUUCCACAAAUAAGGCCAUGAAUUUUUAGAUUGCAAGACACAAUUCAUACAAUUUCUAAAGUGAU